AACUGCGCCGCACUGCUCAGCGGCGUAAACGAGAGACCAAGCGUUUCCCAAUGCGGUGGUUCGGAUUUGGCUUUAACGCAUUUGGACAAAUAUAUGUCCGUGAGACAUUGACUAAAGGAGAGUUCAGCGACGAUGUUCAGGAGAUCAAAGUGAGUAGUCCAACAGAGCUCACUGCUCAGGAGCACAGACGGGACUGCUGCUGGAAGACCGAAGGUCAAAUAAGAGCAAGUUGGAGUCGAAGAGCAUCUUUGCAUUUGGAUAGUGACAGCUGUGUGUGCCUAGCAGGUUUCGUCUCCAAUGAGUCAUACACUGUUCUCACUGUGAAGGAGAGCCGUGGCUGCAAGGAUGCCAUCAUCAGUGAAUCGCACUUGACCCUCGCUUUCCCAGACAGACUUGAGUCCUGGGAUCUGCAGAAGGAAGAGAAGACUCCAUCGUGGAGCAUUGCAUUAAAAACACACCCCGAGAGCUCUGAACCCUCUGUGAAUCUCCCAUUGGUCCCUGGCGGGUACAUUGCCACAAAACCGCCCCUAUACCGCUCCCUGUCACCACACCUUAAGGCCACGAGUCUGGCACUGAGUUCAGAGCAUGCCAUCCUCCUCAGUGCCUCUGGAACUGUGUACACCUGGGGACUGGGCAGCCAUGGUCAGUUGGGGCACGGAGGCCUCGUCUCUGAGGAGGAGCCCAGGGCAGUGGAGGCCCUCUGGGGGAUGCCCAUGAGCUCUGUAGCGACAGGAAGCUGGCACUCUGCCUGUAUCAGUGAUGGGGGAGACCUCUAUGUGUGGGGCUGGAAUGAAAGUGGCCAGCUUGGACUUCCAUCACGAGGUCUGAGGAAAGCACUGCAGCAUCAAAGUAGCCAACAAGCAGGAGCACUAUAUCAAGAUGCCAGCACAUCUCCUGCUGAAGAGCCUCAGGAGGGAGAGAAACAUGAAGAGGUAUUCAUAUCAAUCCAGGCAUUCCCGGCUCUGCUGGACAUCACUCCAGCAUGUGAAAUCAGAACGGUCAGCUGCGGAUCCCGCCACACAGCUGCAGUUACAACCACGGGUGACCUCUACACUUGGGGUUGGGGUGACUAUGGCCAACUUGGACACCAGACUUUAAUCAGUUCAGAUGAGCCCCAGCGGGUGGAGUUCUUCAGGGAGCAGCAGAUGCAUGUGACUGACGUAGUGUGUGGGGCAUGGAACACUUUUGCUGCUGUUGUCAAGGAGGAAGUAGCUUGCUCUUAAAAGUGUUAUGGGAUCCCCCUUAAUAAAUAAGGACACUGGACUUUGGACAACAUACCAGGAAGUGUAAAUUAUCACAAAAAAAGACUUUGGAUUUAUUUUUGUAAUAUACACGUUCUUAUUUGUCUUUGUUAUAACAAACAACUUUUUAAAUGAUCACUUUUGAAAAAAAAUAAUAAUUCUUUAUAGAAAUAAAAAAAUCACAGGUUUAAUAUUUCAGAAAGGAUGUAUGAAAUAGUUAAGGCAAUAAAAUUCACAGGUAUAUAUAAUUUAAGGCAAAACUCUAAAAUUGUUCUAAUUGUAAAUUAAACACCAUUGAGAGUUAAAAGGUGUUGUAUUUCCACAGCCCACUAGAGGUCUUCACAGCACAAUCUUGAAAGAACUG